AUGCAAAUCAAAGGGUGUCCAUGCAUAGUUUCUUUUUCGAAGAAUAACUUGCCCCCAGCUUUAAAGAGGUUAGUGAUUCAAAGUUGUGCGAAUUUGCGGUGUUUGGUGGAUCAAGGAGAAAAUACCAGCAUCAAUAACACAUUUCUUCUUGAGCACUUGGAAAUUAUGGAUUGUCCAUCUCUAGUAUCUUUAUCAUUGCCCAAUAGGCUUCAAGUUCUCAUAGUUUCAAAUUGCUCAAAGCUUACCUCCUUAUCAUCAAGUGGUGAGUUACCUGUGGGGAUUAAACAACUAGUGAUAAAGGACUGCCUUGUAUUGGAAUCCAUUGUGCACACAAUCCAUGAAACAUCUUCUCUUGAACUUCUUGAAAUCUGGCGUUGCAGAAACAUUAAAGCUUUACCUCAAGGAUUAAAGAAGCUCGACCAUGUUGAGAAGAUCAAUAUUUUGCAGUGUCAAAGUCUGGUUUCUUUGACAGCAAGUGGCUUGCCGGCCCGAAAACUCAAGUCGCUUUGUAUUAUGGACUGUCAAAGUUUAGGAGACCUUCCCAACAUGCAGAACCUCACUGCUCUGAAGGAACUGUCACUAUCAUAUUGCUCACCUGACUUGCCAUUUCCAAAAGAGGGUCUUCGUACAACUUUAACAUCACUGUCAGUCACAGGUCCUAAACUUUGUCACACACUGCUUCAAUGGGGACUGCAUAGACUCACCUUUCUUAAAAAACUCUCAAUUGACGGUGAAGGAUGUCCACAUGUGGUGACAUUUCCACCAGAGGGAUGCGUGCUACCUCCCACUCUAACUACCAUCACCAUAAGCGGAUUUGGAAACCUGAGAAGCUUAUCCACAACUGGGUUUCGAAAUGUGGACUCUCUUCGAGAAUUGUGGGUAUUCAAUUGCCCUGAACUUGAAUCUCUUCCAGAAAAAGAAGUGCUUGUUUCGGUUUGGAAAUUAUAUAUUUGGAGGUGUCAUUUAACACUACUAGCCCAGUUCAUAAUGAAUGAUGGAGCAGAGUGGUUGAAGAUAUCUCACAUUCCUGAUGUUAUUGUUGAUCGUCAAAGCAUCAUCCUAAAGGCAACUUGGGUUCAGUACUGA